AUGGCUGUCAAAGAUGAUUAUCAAGAUUUCAAAAAAGAAUUAAAUGAUUUGAAAAUAAAUAGUAAACCAGUAAUAAAUUUUUUAACAAUGCUUGCUGAAGAAAAAGUACAUAACGCACCACAAAUUGUACGUGCUAUUGAAGAACGUAUACUUGAAGCUAAGGGUGAUUAUGUUUUACCUGUACUAUAUGUACUUGAUUCAAUAGUAAAAAAUUUACGUUCAAAAGCUUAUAUACAAUUAUUUGAACAUAAAUUACCUGUCAUUUUUGCAAGUGCUUUCAAUAAGGUUGAUGAACGUGUACGUUUAGCAAUGUUUAAACUUCGUCAGACAUGGCCACCCUAUUUUCCUAAUUCAGUAUUACAUAAUCUUGAUACAAGAACACAUUAUAUUGAUCCGGCAUGGCCGAUUACAGCUCGUAUACCUGAAACAAAUCCGUCCGCUGCACCAAAUAUUCAUAUUAAUCCUGACUUUAUUCAACGAAAUCCACCAACAUCGACCAAUCAACCAAAACAAUCUGGAAAACCAGAUGAUAAUAUUCGAAGUGGAGGAAAUCAAACAACAAAUAAGAAUUCGGAUGUAUCAGCGCGAGAAGAAAAUUAUCAUAUGAUACCAAUUGAUCGAAAAGAAAUCGAACAAUUAUCUCAUAAAGAAGCUAAUGGUGGUGGUGGUGGUGGUGGUGGUGAACAACAAUUAAAAACAAAAAAAGAAAAAGAAAUAAAUAAUAGUCAAGAAAUUAUAACUGAAGAAGUUUCUAAAGAAAAAUUAUCGGUUAAUCAAAAUAUUCCAGUUAAAAAAGAUACGAAUCAAAAUGAUGAUGAUGUUCUAUUUGGUGGAACUGAUAUAGAUUAUCGUGAUACAGAUGGAAGUACUCAGCAAACAACAACAACGACUGAUAUGGAUCGUUUGUUUGAAUUAAAUUCUGAAUGUUUCUCACUUGCUGAAAAGAAAUUUAAAUCAAAAGAACUUUCAUCAGAAGAAUAUCAAGCAACACUUAAAUUACUUCAAAAUAUUCUUCAAAAUGAAGUUCAAAGACUUACUGUACCAUCAACGACAAAUUCUUCUAGUACAACCACUCUAGCAAAUACACUUACUACAACGACACAAAGCAAUUUAUUUCAGCAACAAUCACUUUCAUUUCCUCAAUCACAUCCAACUACAACUACACCAUCAUUAUCAACAUUUCCAUUUGCAGGUUUCGGUAAUGAUACUCAACGUCAUGCAAUGCAAAUUUUAGCUGCAGUUAGCGCUUCAUCAUCAUAUGGUUCACAUUAUAAUAUUUUACCAUAUAUUCCACCAUUACCACCAGCACCUCCUCCAUUUACACUUCUUCCAAAUACAUUUCCAUCGACAACUACAACAUCAUCAACAACAUCGGGACGUUUAAGUCCAUCAAUAAAACGUCCACAUGAUGAAAACGGUACUAAUCAUCGUCGUAAUGAUGACGAUAUUAAACGGCCACGUUAUGAUUCAACAGCUACGCAUAAAAUUCGAACACAUAAUUUUGAUGAAGAAAAUAUUGCACCUGUUCCAUCACUUCUCGAUGCUAAUAUUAAUACAUUAAAAAAAAAAUAUAUGGGUGUUAUUCAACAAUUGUAUAUUGGUAAAUAUCAAUGUCGUUUAUGUGGUCUUCGUUUUUCAGCUAAACAAAAACAUGUUUAUACUCAUCAUCUUGAUUGGCAUUAUUGGCAAAAUCGACAAGCAACAACAUCAACAGCAUUAUUAGAACGUUGUAGAGAUUGGUAUCCAUCUUUACAAGAAUGGACAAUUUAUGAAGAAAAUCUUGAUGAACAAAUGAAAAAUAAUCAAAUGAUGUUAACACAACAAAAUCGACAAAAUAAAGAAAUAGAUAAUAAAUCAUCAUCAACAACAACAGAUAUUAUAUCUUGUUCAUCAACAGGCAAUGGUGAUAUGGAUGAAGAUCGUUGUUAUGUAUGUCAUGAUCCAUUUGAAAAUUUCUUUGAUGAUAAUCGUGAAGAAUGGUGUUUAAAAGAUGCAAUACGAAUUGAUGGAAAAACUUAUCAUCCAAUUUGUUAUCAAGAUGUUCAAUUUCAAGAAACAACUGAAAAACCAUUAGUAUUAUCAACGAUUGAUCCAUUAUUAUUAGCAGAAGCUUUUACAGAUGAAACUAGUAAUAAUUCACCAGAUUCUCAAUUAGUUGAUAAUGCUAUGGCAACUGUGAAUUUAAAAUCAGAAAAUGAAGAUACAUCCGAUAAAGAUUUAACAUUAUCAGAAGAAUCAACUAAACCAAAUUAUUUAUCAUCAAUGUCGUUUGUGAAUCUUGUUGAAACAAUAUUUGUUAAAAAAGAAGAUCUUAAACCAAUAGAAAAUCUUAAACCUGAAGCAAUAAAUGUUAAAGAAGAAUUAUUAGAUCCAAGAACAAUAUCAGAAGAUAUUCCGUUUCUAUCAAUAAAACCUGAAAAUGAUUGUGAAUUUUUGAUUAAUAAAAAUACAGAUGGAAUUGGAACAAUAGCGGAUUAA